CGCAGCAUACGAACUAAUUUGAGGCACAAUGUAGGCAGUUUGCGCGCGCACAACGGAGGCUGUUUCUCUGCUGAAGCAUGAGGACUAACUCGCUGAGCUUUUUCCUCGCGCUCCUCAUGCGCGCCUCUCUCUGCACGCCCUCCCCGAGAGCGAGCCGGACGGAGAGCGCGAGCUGUUCAUCCUCGAGCUUCUCGACGCUGGACAGCUCUCGUGUGUCCACAGUGGAAGAGGCUGUGCGCGUGCAGGAGCAAGGAGGUACGACCUUGCGCGCGAGAUUCCCGGCCGGAUUUGGCGCAGCAGUGGCGCGCCGGUGGUCCGAGUGGAGGGAGCGCACAGGGAAGGCGCGAGUGGUCAGGCUGGAAGCGGGCUGCGGCAGGACCACCAAUCGCCUGGCCACUCUCGAGGACGGCAGCAGAGCGUGCGUGCGCUAUGGUGUGGACCAGGACCAGGUGCUGGGGGAGACCCUUUGCUACUAUCUGUCCACAAUGCUUGGAAUCCCAAAUGUGCCUCCGCUGGUGCUGACCAAGCCAGACCCUUUCAGUCAGCAGUGGUCAGCUGUCAGAGACAGUAUAGAAGCCCUGAAUUGGUCAUCAAAUGCUAUUGUGUCCCUUACGCAGUGGGUGUCCAAUGCCACCCGAGUGUCCAUCCCGGUUCAGCUCCUGAGGAAACUGGGGACAGGUGUGCAUCCUGCACCUUUGACUUUGGAGAAUAUGACCUCAAGUGACCUGAGGGAGCUCAAGCAAUGGACUGACCUCAUCGUAUUUGAUUAUUUGACGGCAAAUUUUGACAGAGUCGCCAGCCACCUGUUCAAUCUGCAGUGGGACAGGCGUGCCAUGGACAGGCUGACCAAUAACCUGCUUAGGACAACCAAGGGACAAUUGGUGUUCAUCGAUAACGAGGCUGGACUUGUACAUGGCUACAGGGUACUUGACCGCUGGGAGCAUCUCCACCAAACGCUCCUAAACUCCACCUGCAUGUUUCGGGAGAGCACCGUCCAGCGCCUAACAGAGCUGACGCUCUGCAGGAGUGCGGCCCAGCGCCUGCGUCAGGUGUACCAAACCAGGGAACCACUCGCUCUGGAAUUAGGGUUUCUGUCCGAGGCUCAAAUGUUGACUUUGCAGAACAGAGUGGACACACUGUAUAGACAUUUUCAACAGUGCGGCAGAGUGGCUUAAACAUUUCUGUGAGGACAUUGGCGUGGCCCGGUGGUGCAGUGGGUAGCGCUGUCGCCUCACAGCAAGAAGUUAGAUUCCUGGCUGGGCAGGCAGGGUCCUUGCUGUGUGGGGUUUGCCUGUUCUCCCUGUGUCUGUGUGGGUGUCCUCUGGGUGCUCCAGUUCCUCCCACAGCCCAAAGACAUGCAGCCAGGCCAAGUGGACAUGCUACUCCCUAGGUGUGAGAGAUUGUAUUUGUAUAUAUCUGUCUGCCCUGUGAUUGUCCAGGGUGUACCUAACCUUCUGCCCAGUGACUGCUGGAAUAGGCACCCAUGACCCAGAAGGAUAGGCAGUUUCAGAAAG